GAAAAUAUGGCAAAAAAACUCUUUUAUUAUAAAUGCAAAAUAAUGGCUUGGAAAUAGCUAUUCCUUCCCCGAAAUAAGCAUAAUUUGAAAACAAAUAACAGAACCGCAUUCUUCAUUUGCUGUUGAUGUUUUGAGCUGUCAAACAGAACGGAAAUUUUCGCCCAAUACUCGAGAUACCAGGAAAUUGUAAACAAUCGUUUAUUUAUUUAUACAUUUCACUACAAGAUGUAGACGUACGUGUGCAUAAAUCGCAAACCUUUCUUCUUCGACAAUUUUUGCGUUAUUCAGCAUUAUGCUACCCGAAACUUUGUCCAAUAUUAUUUCUGUUUUGCUAGCACUUGUAAGCUUCGCCUGUAUCCUGCCUUCUCCGGCCGCUGGAGAACGAUGGUGUGCACAUAAUCCUAAAGAUAUCGUAUUCCGCCGGCUAGGCACUAAAACACCCUACCGGCACGUUCAGAACAAGGAUGUACGAAAUAUCGCCACAGUGAACGGAUGCACCGUUAGUAAGAUAUGGGGCCUGUUUCGCCAUGGUACAAGAAAUCCCUCGAAAAGUAUCAUAGAUCACAUGCUUGUAACGCUUCCGGAAUUACAGCGCGACAUCGUAGAACAUGGGCAACUGUGCCGUGAUCAGCUGGAAAUGUUCGAACGAUGGCAACCUAGGAUUAAGGUUGAAGAAGCCAAACUACUCGUUCGUGAGGGCGGUGAGGAGCUUUAUCGGUUGGGCGAAAGGAUGCGCAAAAGGUUUGGUCACCAUCUUCCCGAGCGUUAUGAUGCCAAUGAGUUUCGUUUCAAAUUCACCAAAACUGAGCGUGCCGAGUACAGUGCUCGAAACUUUACGCGUGGUCUUUUCGGCCGUGACGAACCGAUCGAAUAUCCAGAGGCAGUACGGCGGGAUCCGGUGCUUCGGUUUUACAAAGGAUGUGAGAAAUGGAAAAGACAAGUGAAGGAAAAUCCGUACUCGUACCGCGAAAUGGAUCGUUUCGGCAGCUCAAAAGAAAUGCGAAGCGUUAUCGAGAAACUAUCGAAACGAAUUGGGACGUUCGUCAGUCCGGAGGAGGUGCACGCCAUUUACCAGACGUGCGCUUUUGAAACGGCCUGGAGUGAACGAGACGUUUCACCCUGGUGUUUGCUGUUCGACAAGGAAAGCAUCUCGACGAUGGAAUACAACGAAGAUCUGAAAUACUACUGGAUCGAUGGGUACGGGUACGAGCUCACAUAUCGCCAGGCAUGUUCGGCCUUUGCCGAUCUGUUCGAAAGCUUCGAUAGUGCGGAUAGACCUCCGUACACGUUUUACUUUACACAUUCUGGCACGCUUCUAAAAUCGAUUGCUUUUUUAAAUCUAUACAAAGACAACGAACCGCUUAUGGCGCAGCACUAUCGUCACAAACGGAAGUGGCGAGUCAGUCACAUUGAUGCGUUUGGAUCUAAUCUCUAUUUUGUGUUGUACAGAUGCCCAAACGGAACCAACUCGAUCGCACUGUACCAUCAGGAAAGGUUAACCCAUAUUCCAGGCUGCCCGGAUGAUACACCGCUGUGCAGUUAUGAACAGUUUAAGCAAAUGUACGCUGAACGUAUCGAGCAGUGUGAUUUGAAUACCAUGUGUUCCGAACCGCAUGUGCCUAGUAUGGUAAAAGAUGAAUUGUAAAAUUGCACGCCAUGCAUAGGUAGAUUUUAUUUAUUUUAUGCACUGUUGCACGGUCGUAAUGCUACUUUUAUAAAAUGACGCUUUCGUAUGCGGCUUGUAAAGCAUUCAAUGUUACAAUGACUAAAUAAACACUAUACACUCACACCGAUAAAACGCUGUGUUGUGAAAAGCACACUCCAAA